UGAUGCUCCAAGUUCAUACAUGGCGGGCCAGACAAAGUCAAUGCCGGCAAAAACGGACUCCUUCCCAUAAAAAUUUAUCAAUUCCCCAAUUGUUUCUCUUCUCUUCUAUAAUUAGACUCCAUUUUCUCAAUCUCUGAUUAUAAUCCCACAAACCAAGAAGAAAGAAGAAGAACACAAACUCUAAGACAAUGGAGUGUAACAACGAGAAGAAGAAAGUUUCAAGACAAUCAUCAUCCUUCAGACUACGAAGCCCAAGCCUAAACGCACUUCGUCUCCAACGAAUCUUCGACUUAUUCGACAAAAACGGCGACGGAUUCAUAACCGUUGAAGAGCUAAGCCAAGCUUUAUCACGUCUUGGUCUCAACGCUGAUCUCUCCGAUCUCAAAUCCACCGUUGAAUCAUACAUUCAACCAGGUAACACUGGUCUCAAUUUCGACGAUUUCUCUUCUCUUCACAAAACACUCGACGAUUCUUUCUUCGGUGGAGCUUGUGGAGAAGAGAAUGAAGAUUCUUCUUCCUCCGCCGAGGAUGAAUCGGAUCUCGCUGAGGCGUUUAAGGUUUUCGAUGAGAACGGUGAUGGAUUCAUCUCCGCUAGGGAAUUACAAGCGGUUUUGAAGAAACUUGGGUUACCUGAAGGUGGAGAGAUGGAGAGAGUGGAGAAGAUGAUCGUUUCCGUUGACCGGAAUCAAGAUGGUCGCGUUGACUUUUUUGAAUUCAAGAACAUGAUGCGUACUGUUGUCAUCCCUUCUUCUUGAUUCUCAAGAAACAAUUUUUUCCCCAAGAUUAUUAUUUUACUUUUUGUCUUUUAAAUUUGUAUUUUUCUCAAUUUAUCUAAUGAUUGAUUUAAACAUUAUAAACAAAUAAACUUUUUCUACUCUUGAGGGAGAUGCUUA